CCGGCGGCGCAGGAGGCGGAGGAGAAGCCGGGCCGCGAGCGUCGCAGGCCGGGGCGCAAAGGUGGCCGGGGCAGCCUGGCUGGUGCCUCGAAGAAGGCAAAGGUCCCCCGCCAGGAAGUCCAAAGGCAAAGGGGCCCGGGAACUGGCGGCGGAGAAAGGGAUCUGCUGCUGCUGCCGCCGCCGCCUCCAGCGCCCGGAGUUCAAGCCCCGGCGUGGAACCCGGCGGGCGGGGGCUGGCGCUGCCACAAACGGGCUUCCCCGUCUCCUGAUGCUGCAGGUCGAGCAUGGAGCCAGCCGGGAGCAACCGCGGAACAGACCAGCUCGCCACGGCUGCCGCGCUCGGGGACCUGGAGGCGGUGCGGAGGCUCCUGGACGCGGGCGCAGACCCCAACGCCGUCAACUCUUUCGGCUCCGCUUUGUCCCCGGUCAUGAUGAUGGGGAGCCCCAGCGUGGCAGAGCUGCUGCUUCAGAGAGGAGCCGACCCAAACCGGCCGGAUCCAUGCACUGGCUCGCUCCCAGCCCACGACGCGGCUCGGGAAGGCUUUCUUGAUACCCUGCAAGUGCUGCGCCAAGGGGGCGCCCGCUUGGAUCUGAAGGACCGGUGGGGCCGCCUCCCCCUUGACCUGGCCACGGGGAACGUCCACAGCCACGUGGUCAGUUACUCUGCUGAAGCAGAGAACGCCCCCUAGGAAAAGAACUACGAGUUUGAAUUGCACUGGGUAGGCAAGAAGCCCUGCCUUUGACUAGGUCUCUCAGAGAAGGAAGCCAGAGUUGCAGAAACAGAGGGCAGCUCUGGCUAGACUGGACAAUUGUCCUCCAGACUGCAGA